AUGAUCCAACAAUUCUUAUCAUUUCAUUUCUAUAUACACCCAAAUAUAAAUAAAGAAUAUAAGAGAUGUAAAGUUGAACAAGUGAUAAGACAUUUGGGUGGUACUAUCUAUUAUGAAUUUAGAUCAGAUACAAUCACUCAUGUGAUUGCAAGUAAUGAUACUGAUCUUGUAAACGACAUACCAAAAGAGAUACUAAAACUAAAUACUCUUCAAAAGAUUGUAAUCAUCAGAAAGAAAUGGCUUAUGGAUUGUUUAACUUAUCAAAGAGUAUUACCUGUAGAAUAUUAUUUAUUGGAUCCUAAAUAUAUGAUUAUGAAAGGAUGUAGAUUGGCAGUUUAUCAACUACCAAAAGACCAACAACUCAAAGUGAGAGCAUGGAUCGAGUUGCAUGGUGGUAAAUAUAUACAAUCGUUUGAACAGAGAUGUACACAUGUACUGGUCAAACGAGGAGACAAUGAUUUGAAAUCAUUUCCUCGUGGUGAAUUUGAUUUUAAUAGAAACAUCAAGUUUGUCUCUGUCGAUUGGUUCGAUCAAUGUGUAUCGAGGGGAUUGUUUGUAUCUGAACGACCCUAUCUAUUACAACUUCCUCCAUCUAGUCCAACACUCUUCCAAGGACACUUGUUUUAUGUGUCUAAUCAUUUUGGCAUAGAUUCUCAAUUGGCCAUCCAACAGAAAAUACAAUCUUUUGGUGGUACCCUAGUCGACUCUAAUGGUAAUAAUAUGAUUGGACCAACGACAACAUUAUCAGGGAUGGUUUCUCCAUCACCUGAAUCUGGUAGUAAAAAUCAAUCAGAUCCCCAUUAUAUAACUAUAUCACAACAACAACCAUCAAUAUCAUCAACAUUAGCAUUGAUGAGACCAUCAAUUGCAGUUUCUACAGAUUGGAUAUCAGAUUGUAUAGAAAAGAACAAAGUAAUUAAUAUCUAUGAAGAGAUAUUGUAUCGUCCAAUCAGGGUGAUCAAAGAUCAAGAGAAACAAUUAGGUUCUAAAUAUCAUUUUGCCAAACAAACUCAUGUUGCCUCCUCCUCCUCCUACAUUAACACCAACAACUACAACGGCGGUAUCCCAUCGGAAAAAGGUAUUCAAAUCAUCACAAAACAAUGGUUAGAAGUACCAACACAACACCAAAUCUACAUCCUUUUUUAUUAUAUGUCAUUACUUUAUCAAUCAGCUAGUAAACAUUAA